AUGACUGCCGCCGCCCUACGCUACGCCACCCAGCGUCUCCGGGUCGGGACGCUGCAUUUGCCGCCACCGCCAACCCGGCUCGCGUUGCGCCCGUCGUCUGUGAGACAUGUCACUACGGGGGCUUUGGCCCAGGUCCGGCCCCAACCUUCUCUCCCAGGGCACCUUGCCCCAGUCCCAGUCCCAGUCCCAGCUCCGGUCCCAAUACCUGUCCAGGCGCCCCCAGCGCAGCUGGUCUCGCCCCUUUCCACCUCCCGCAGAGACCGUGUGCGUGAGGCUAGACCCUUCUCCGACUUCCUGACCGACACCUUCGACCGCCAGCAUGACUACCUGCGCAUCUCGGUCACUGAGCGCUGCAACCUGCGCUGUGUGUAUUGCAUGCCCGAGGAGGGCGUCCCAUUGUCACCUUCGCAAGACCUCCUCACGACGCCAGAGAUUGUAUUGAUCUCGUCUCUCUUCGUGUCACAAGGCGUGACCAAGAUACGCCUGACUGGCGGCGAGCCAACCGUACGGAGGGACAUCCUCCCCUUGAUGCAGCAGAUUGGCGCUCUACGGCCCCACGGCCUGCGGGAGCUAUGCCUAACUACCAACGGGCUCUCGCUGCACCGCAAGCUGGACGCCAUGGCCGAGGCAGGCCUGACAGGUGUCAAUCUCUCACUUGACACCCUGGACCCCUGGCAGUUCCAGAUCAUGACGCGGAGGUCAGGCUUUGCCGCUGUGCAAAAGAGCAUCGACCGCAUUCUGGAGUUGAACCGAGCCGGCGCCGGCAUUAAGUUCAAGAUCAACUGCGUCGUCAUGCGGGGCGUUAACGACCGCGAAAUCCUCCCCUUUGUUGAGCUGACCCGAGACAAGGAUAUCGAGGUGCGCUUCAUCGAAUACAUGCCAUUCGAUGGCAACAAAUGGAGCAAGGGGAAAAUGUUCAGUUAUCAGGAGAUGCUUGACCUGAUUCGCUCAAAGUUCCCGGAUCUGCAGAGGGGGGCUGGCCUCAAGAAUGACACAAGCAAGACUUACCAGGUGCCCGGGUUUGCCGGCAAGGUCGGCUUCGUCACGAGCAUGACGCACAACUUUUGCGGGACGUGCAACCGGCUCCGUAUCACCAGCGACGGGAACCUCAAGGUGUGCUUGUUUGGCAACACCGAAGUCUCGCUGAGAGACAUACUGCGCCAAUGGAACAAUGGUCAGCCCAUCGACCAAGAAGUCUUCGAAUCGAUCAAGCAGCUUGCCAUGAACGAGGGAGGCCCAAUCCCCUCUCCAAGCCGUGCACCUCUGCUGGCACCAAACUCGGAACAGCUUUUAGACAUCAUCGGAAUGGCCGUCAAGCGGAAGAAGGCCAAGCAUGCGGGCAUCGGCCAGCUGGAACACAUGAAGAACAGGCCGAUGAUCCUAAUCGGCCGCCAGUCUCAACCUAGUCAACAACAGUGGCAUCCAGUUGGGAUAGUAUUGCCCAAUCCGCAGCCGAGGAGCAUGUUGGCCAAGAACUUCGUGACCGGCCUGCUGAACCACACUUCCACUAGCCAUUCGGGGUACCAACUGCGGCUCUUCUCAACUGGUGCCCGCCAAAACCGCGGUAGCGAAGAAGGAAAGCCAGUUGCAGAUGCCCAAAAGCUGACGCAUGUCUCGAAAUCGGGUGCCGCGCAUAUGGUAUCCAUCUCGAGUAAGGUGCCCACAAGCCGUGUUGCGACGGCAAAGUGCGCUGUUCGCUUCUCUGACCCUCUUCUUCUCACCCUCGUGCGGGAGAAUCAGAUGAAGAAAGGCGACGUCCUCGGCGUCGCGAGAGUGGCCGGUAUCAUGGCGGCGAAGCGAACCCCCGACAUUAUCCCCCUCUGCCAUCCAAUCGCUCUCACGCACGUCCGUCUCGAUCUCACCCCCGUAGACGCGCCUCGGGAGGACAGCAGCAGGGACGGCUCCUCUGGUGGGGGCUGGAUCGAGAUCACGGCGACGGUGGCGUGUGACGGCAAGACGGGCGUCGAGAUGGAGGCUCUGACUGCCGCAUCUGCCGCGGCGCUGACCGUCUACGACAUGUGCAAGGCGGUAGACAAGGGGAUGGUGAUUGAGGGGCUGCGCGUCGUUCUCAAGGAAGGGGGCAAGAGCGGGAGGUGGGUGGAAGGGAAGCCGGCCUGA